CUAAAUUAUUUAUAUUCAUUUCCACAGAGAUAUUUUCAUUUCCAUUUUUAACUGUCACUUGUAAAGCACUUUCUUUUUAUAGAACCCUGUGAAUCAUGGCAAAAUGUAUUAGUAUGUGAUACAUUCUGAUGGCAUGUAAUAAUCACAUAAGCAUCAGUGACUAUUUUGAUUAUCAAUUUCAGAGUUAAAAAAUAAAUGUAAUUCUGGAAGAGCAUUGAGGUUUUUGUGUUAUUUAUGGAAUCACUAUAGGUAGUCCUCACUAUUAAUAAAUUCAUUUUUGACAGGUAAUAUGCUAGGCACUGAAUGAUAACAGUGUAGUACAAAAGGAAGAUGUGUUACCUUUUAUUGUGAAUCUUUUAGAUACGAUCACUUCCCCGGUUACUGAAAUUUCUCUAACCUCAUGUAGCUGCUGCUGCCAGGAAUUGCUCUCCACUUUUGCUGCCAUCCAGUGCAGAUUACCCAACAGGUGACUAAAUGACCAUGGAAUCUGGAGCAGAGAACCAGCAGAGUGGAGAUGCAGCCGUAACGGAAGCUGAAAACCAGCAAAUGACAGUUCAAGCCCAGCCACAGAUUGCCACAUUAGCCCAGGUAUCUAUGCCAGCAGCUCACGCAACAUCAUCUGCUCCCACCGUAACUUUAGUACAGCUGCCCAAUGGGCAGACAGUUCAAGUCCAUGGAGUUAUUCAGGCGGCCCAGCCAUCAGUUAUUCAGUCUCCACAAGUCCAGACAGUUCAGUCUUCCUGUAAGGACUUAAAAAGACUUUUCUCCGGAACUCAGAUUUCAACUAUUGCAGAAAGUGAAGAUUCACAGGAGUCAGUGGAUAGUGUAACUGAUUCCCAAAAACGAAGAGAAAUUCUUUCAAGAAGGCCUUCCUACAGGAAAAUUUUGAAUGACUUAUCUUCUGAUGCACCAGGAGUGCCAAGGAUUGAAGAAGAGAAGUCUGAAGAGGAGACUUCAGCACCUGCCAUCACCACUGUGACGGUGCCGACUCCGAUUUACCAAACCAGCAGUGGACAAUAUAUUGCCAUUACCCAGGGAGGAGCAAUACAACUGGCUAACAAUGGUACGGAUGGGGUACAGGGCCUGCAAACAUUAACCAUGACCAAUGCAGCUGCUACACAGCCGGCUACCACCAUUCUGCAGUAUGCACAGACCACUGAUGGACAGCAGAUUUUAGUGCCCAGCAACCAAGUUGUUGUUCAAGCUGCCUCUGGAGAUGUACAGACAUACCAGAUUCGCACAGCACCCACAAGCACCAUUGCCCCUGGAGUUGUUAUGGCAUCCUCCCCAGCACUUCCUACACAGCCUGCAGAAGAGGCAGCACGAAAGAGGGAGGUCCGCCUCAUGAAGAACAGGGAAGCAGCACGAGAAUGUCGUAGAAAGAAGAAAGAAUAUGUGAAAUGUUUAGAAAACAGAGUGGCAGUUCUGGAAAACCAAAACAAGACACUGAUUGAGGAGCUAAAAGCACUUAAGGACCUUUACUGCCACAAAUCAGAUUAAUUUGGGAUUUAAAUUUCACCUGUUAUGGUGGAAAAAGAACUGGCUUGGCCACAACCAGAAAGACAAAAUAAACAUUUUAUUUUCUAAACAUUUCUUUUUUUCUAUGCGCAAAACUGCCUGAAAGCAACUACAGAAUUUCAUUCAUUUGUGCUUUUGCAUUAAACUGUGAAUGUUCCAACACCUGCCUCCACUUCUCCCCUCGAGAAAUUUUCAGCACCAGGAAUCAUGAAGAGACUUCUGCUUUUCAUCCCCCGCCCUCUUCAGAAAGUAAUAAUUCGUUUACUUGUAAAUUGAUGGGGGAAAUGAGGAAAAGGAAAUCUUUUUUUAAACGAUUUCAAGGUUUGUGCUGACUCCUUGAUUGCCUUAGGGACAGAAUUACCCCAGCUUCUUGAGCUGAAGUAAUGUGUGGGCCGCAUGCAUAAAGUAAGUAAGAUUCAAUGAAGAGCUUGAUUGCCAAAUUGACAUGUUUUCACAUUUCAUUGUGAAUUAUGGAAAAUUGUUAAGAGACAUACCCUCCAGGAAGGAAUUUUAGUAUGGUGUUGAAGAAAUUAAGAAUGAAUUCGGAGUGUUUUCUAUGUACAUUCUCUUCUUCAAUACUGAAAACUUGUCCUUGGUUCUUAAAAACAUUCUGUGUUGACUACAGCUCUUCUACAGGGCGGUUGUUGCUUCUUAAUUCAAUUCUGUAGGUGUUCCACAUUUUUCAGUACAUUAAAAGAAGUAACCAACUGAAUGAAAAAGCAUGGUAUUUGAAUUUUUAAAUUAAAUGGAAGUAAAUAAAAGUACAAAGCUUGUUUUAGUUAGUACUAAGUUCUUAGUAAAAAGAUGCUCCUUAGUAAACCAAUCCCUUGAGUUAUAUAACAAGGUUUUUAAAUAAAUGUUUUUCUCAUCGCCUUCAAAAAUAUUUAUAUUGUCACUCAUUUACUUAAAAGGAUAUUUCUAAUUAAACUGUUCCCAUUUGCACUUACAUUAUACCACCAACAGAAGGCCUUCAAGUUUAAAUAAAUAAAGUGACAUAUUGUUUAUAAAAUGUUAUAUGUUGUAGAAAAAUACUAAUUUUAAAUCUUUUCCAUAUUAACAUACAUACUUUAACAGAAUAUUUCUAGUGAAUUUUUUAAUGAAAGAAAUUGUAAGGAUAUGGUUCUAAAAAGUACAGUAUUAGCUGUGCACAAGGAAAAUAAUUUUUUUCAGACAUGUUUGAAUAACUGCUGUACUACAAUGUUUGGAUUGUCAUUCUUGGAAAACAUUUUUUUGUUGUUUUUGUCUAAAAAGGAUAAUUAUGCUUUAGCUUUCCAAUAUGCUAUGUAGCCUUUGUUGUUCUAUAAGCUACCUGUUUUGACUCCUGACUAUAACAGUCUGUAUUUGUAUGUAUCAUACAUUCUUUCCAGUACUCCUUUUAAUAUUAAUUACUCAUUUUACUCACUAAGCCUGGUAAAUCUAAAAGUUACCCUUCAAAAGAAAAAUAAGACUAAGGUGGAUGUAAAAAAUUGGAGACUGACAUAAUGUUGGAUAUAAUUUCUUAUUUGACAAAGUUAUUCUGUUUAAAAGAGAGUCUGAAAAAUUAAUGUUUUAUAUUUGGUCAUGGGUUAUUUUUAAAAGUUUGUUAAUUGUGUUAACAAAAUAUGCAAAUAUGCAUAUUAUUUAUUGGGUUCAUUUUGAAAAGGAAGAUUUUUAAUUAAUAUUUGUAAAUGGUUUAUUUUUGUUUAUAACAAACCAUUGUCUUUU